AUGGCUGCUCAAAUCCAACUCAUCCAGCAAAAGGCUGAGUACUUUGUCUCCCAGGUGCGCGUCCUUCCAGGCUUAUCUCUGCUGCCGCGACACGCCGCGAAAGUCGGGCGGAGGUCACGGCAGGCCAAGCGCGAUGAGCGCCAAGUUUGCCCAUACUAACACAUCUUCGUCCUUCCCACUCUCUGCUUUCAAACGUCCUGCCGUUAGGUCGACAAAGAGGUGCGUACAUUGCUCAGUGUGGAGGUCUCGAUGCUCACGGGAGAGCGUUCGGGGUGCGGAUUGCGCACGCGAGGGUGCGAGAUUCUCGGCAUAGGAGAGAGCGCAAAUUAUACGAUGCUAGAGCUGCGAUCAUGGCAUGCUCUGCAUUGUGAAGCUCGACACUCUCUACCCGUCAAAUCUUCCUAGGCUGUCUGCUGACGCAGCUUUGUGUCCCCUGCGUUCUUGUUGGUCCCUGUCUGCAGCUCUCCAAGUAUCCUCAGCUCGUCAGGCUCGAGCAAACCGUGCCCGUCCCCAAGGCUUACGCUGCCAUCGGUGGUUUCGCCCUGUUCACUCUGGUGCGUAAGCGGACGGUGCUUUCGGGUCGCCGUCCCCAACAGGCUCACAUCCUUGCACCCUGUCAUUUGUCCUGUCCACAGUUUGUGUUCUUCAACAUGUGAGCUGCGCUUUGCGCGACAAGGAAAGUUUGGUCCUCAUUUGGAAGGUCUGACGCCUCUUUCGCCAUGCAAACAGCUUCGCCGGCUUCUUGACCAACUUGGUCGGCUUCGUCCUUCCCGCCUACUUCUCUAUGAAGGCUUUGGAGUCGCCUCAGCCUCAGGAUGAUGUUCAGUGGUGCGUGACGGCAUGACAUGCGAAAUUGGGGGCGUGUAUGUUUGUGCAUCUUCGUCUGAUGCUGCGUUUCUCCCUUGGCAGGCUCACUUACUGGGUCGUCUUCGGCUUCUUCAACUUCAUCGAGUCUUUCGUUGACUUGAUGUGAGUAUCCUCUGGUGCGCAAGAGGCAAAUAUCGGGUUGCAGAGCUGACAAAAAUGUCCAACGAACACGUGUCUUUCGUAUGCGUUGCAGUCUCUACGUAAGUCUAGUCCGCGUACCGCACAGUUCGCCUCACCGUGCACAGCUGACCAAACCUGACGCACUUCGCAUUGCAACUCGCAAUUUCGCAUCAUAGUGGUGAGUCUGCGUAGUGUUGGCCUCUGUGGCUGAAUGCUCUGUGCGGGCAGGCCCUGACAUGAAGGAUUGUUCCAACAUCCUUAGGUUCCCCUUCUACUACACCUUCAAGACCUUUGCUAUUGUCUGGCUCAUGCUGCCCCAGACACAGGUGCGUAGUUCGAGUUGCACUCUUGAUGGCCCACUCUUGGAGACGGAUCCCGAGAGGCUGAGCUUGUGCAUCGCUAGACCACCGAUGACAUUUGAGAUAUGCUAGAGGGCACGUCCGGCGUGAAGCUGCUGACAUCCAUCAUUUCGUUUACACUGCUUACACAGGGAGCCAAGUUGAUCUACCACCGCGCCUUGCGUCCCCUGCUCGCGCAGACUGGCUCACGCUCCGCCGCUGCACCAGCAGCGCCCACUGCUGCUGACGUCAACUAG